CAGGCUUCUUCUCCAGUUGUCCUCCUCUUCGAUUCGUUUGGAACUUCAAAGCUUUGGGUUCAGAUGGCUUCUUCUUCCAGCUCCCUUGCUGGAAUGGGAAAACGACAUGGCGUUUCUGAAGAAGACUCUCCGGCCUUCUGCUUGAGGAUUUUCAGCCGUGAAGAUCUCAAGGAUGGGAAGAAGGAACUUCCGCCAGCAGCUGUGAGGGAGUAUGGACAUCAAAUGGCAGACCAUAUGUUGCUUAAGGUUCCAAAUUGUGGAGAACACUGGAAAAUAGAAUUGAGAACAUCACCUCGUCGUGAUCGAAUGUGGUUGGAGAAGGGAUGGGAAGAGUUUGCCAGCUUUUACUUACUGGACCAAGGAGACAUGGCAACCUUCAGCUUUGAAGGCGAACAUUCCCAUUUUCAUGUAAGCAUCUAUAGUUGGGAUGAUAUGGAAAUAAAAUACCCUAUUCGCAGUGGAGGAGCUGAUGCCAGUCCACCAGAAAGAAAAGAAAUAGGAACAGAAGCUGUAGCUGUAGCCAUUUCCAGUUCUCCCAGAUCCCCUGCUGCUGUACGCGUACGUGGAAAAGAUAGAGUAAGAAGACGAAGAAAGAGACAAACAGGAUUUGAAUCUGAAGCUAGAGCCAUUUCAGUUUCCCCCAGAUGCUUAGCUGAUGAACACGAAUAUGAUGCUUCCCAAAUGAGCAGUUUCAGGUCGGACAAGCCAUUUCUUGAUAUCAGAAUUCCAGCCAAAACCUUGUCCUUUCGUGUGUUUAUAAAUCAAGCAUUUGCCGCGGAACAUUUCUAUAAAGCAGACACUUGUUGUGAUGUGACGCUACAGAAUAUUCAAGGUGACAAAGUUUGGACGAUUCAAUGUUGUUCGUACAAAAGAAGUAAUGGAAGAAUGCAAGCAAUAAUUUCAGGUGCUGGUUGGAAAGCAUUUAGGCAGGACAAUCAUCUGGAAGAAGGUGACAUAUGUGUGCUGGAGGUGAUAGAGGAACGUAAGUGCAGAGUUUCGAUAUUCCGAGCUAAAAAGUGAAGAUACCAUCAUUACCAUGAGUUGUUCAUAGUUUCAUAGCAUAUACCCUAUUGAGGUUAGAUGUGAGGAAAAGUAUCAUCUUAGAGUAAUAUUAGUGGUAUCUGCAGCUCAGAGGAAGUGUUGCUAUCAUCAAUGUAAAAUGUGUGCAUUUCGUUGGAUUAGGGUAUUAUUUUCAUUAGCAGAUAUUCCCAUGUGUUACGGGACUAGUUUUCUAUCCACACUAUGUCAAGCAUUCUUCUCAUGCAGUAAACAGAAAGACUCAGAGAUCAGUGCACCAAUGGAUGAUUAGCUUGAUGCCUAAAGUCAGUUUUGUAAACUCGUUACUUUAAC